CCUUUGGUAGUCAAGAGUGGGACACUGGUUUUGCCCUUCAAGCACCGCUAGCUUGCAAUAUGACCGAUGAAAUUGGACCUACACUCAAGAAAGGACAUGAAUUCAUAAAGGAAUCUCAGGUCAAGGACAAUCCUUCUGGUGACUUUAAAAGCAUGUAUCGCCACAUUUCCAAAGGUUCGUGGACAUUCUCAGAUCAGGAUCAUGGUUGGCAAGUUUCUGAUUGCACUGCAGAAGGUUUGAAGUGUUGUCUUCUCUUUUCAAUGAUGGCACCAGAAAUUGUUGGUAUGAAGAUGGAACCCGAACGACUAUUUGAUUCUGUCAACAUCCUGCUUUCCCUACAGAGUAAAAAUGGUGGUUUAGCAAUCUGGGAGCCUGCAGGAGCUUCAGAAUGGUUGGAGCUGCUCAACCCCUCUGAAAUGUUUGAAGACAUUGUCAUCGAGCAUGAGUAUGUUGAGUGCACUGCAUCAGCAAUUCAGGCUCUGGUUUUGUUUAAGAAGUUAUACCCCCGACACAGGACGAAGGAGAUAGACAAUUUCAUCACAAAUGCUACCAAGUACAUUGAAGACCAACAAAUGCCUGAUGGCUCAUGGUAUGGCAUUUGGGGAGUAUGUUUCACCUAUGGCUCAUGGUUUGCACUUGGGGGCCUAACAGCUGCUGGCAGGACUUACCACAACUGUCUUGCUAUUGGUAGAGCUGUUGAGUUUCUACUCAAAUCACAAAGAGAUGAUGGUGGUUGGGGAGAGAGCUAUAUUUCUUGCCAGGACAAGAAACAUACACCUCUUGAAGGAAACAAGUCAAAUCUGGUACAAACCGGGUGGGCUCUGAUGGGGCUGCUUUCUUCUGGUCAGGCGGAGAGAGACCCAACACCUCUUUACAGGGCUGCAAAGCUGUUAAUUAAUUCCCAAAUGGAAGAUGGUGAUUUUCCCCAACAGGAAAUCACUGGAGCCUUCAUGAAAAACUGCAUGUUACACUAUGCAGAUCACAGGAAUAUUUUUCCAUUGUGGGCUCUUGCAGAGUAUGUAAGUGAGUGCCAUCGCCUUAAGUCUGGUUGCAUUGCCAUGCCAAAGAAGCAUCUGUAGGAGAAAAGCUCAGAUAAUGUUGAGCAAUGUCAAGCCCUUUGAACAAUGUUAAGCAAAUGAAAAGUUUAUCUAUGUCAUGGUAACAUAUUUUGAAGAA